CUGUGAGUUUAGUUAUUAGCGACCAUGGUAAAUUUUCGUUAAAGUCACGUACGAACCUUGAAAAGUGUUCUGUAUACAGAUACUUAAUCUUGAUUACUUUACAUUUAACAAUAAAAUGGUCAUAAAUUUCAUCGAAGGUGUCUUUUCGUUUCGUUUCUACAUUAUGAAACAACCACGAAGCGAUUCUACCACCCUGAGAGAUGGAAGACGAAAUCUAGGAGAAAAUUUUAGAUCAAUGAGGUGAAACUUAUCUUACUAUUGGACUAUGAAAAUCUAAGGAAAAGACCUCGGAUUAGCUCUUUUCAAUCUCUCGCGCCUUUUAUUGAGCGAGAUAAAUUGGAGUUUCAUGGAUGCCAGCCCAUGUAAAAUCAAUUUUUAAAUUAUCACUAAUUGAAGGUCUAAAUGUGUCUUGAGAGUUUGAAACUACUGCCACGAAUUCAAAUUGUUAAAUUCAGUGUUCAAUGUAUUAAAUGUUACCAAAUUUGAAAUAUAAUAUAAAUAUAAUUUUUGUUUAAUUAUCACAUAGAUAGUUAAAAAUAAUGAGUUUAAUACCAUAUCUACGACCUAUAUUAAUUAAUCAAAAUAAUGUUGCGAAAAGAUAUUUACAUGUCAGCACAGUACUUCAUAAAGUACAAGCUGGACGUUAUAGACCAAAACCAAAGGUACUGCAACCAUUGACAUAUGAAAUGGCAUAUCCACCACAUGAAAUUGCUUCUAAAAAGUCAUGGAACUCAUGGAAUACAUCAAAUGUAAAGGAUGGUAAUAGGCCAUCAGAAACUACCAUAGAAGAUUUGUUUAUUCGAAAUUUUGUACAAGGAACUUGGCAUGGAUUGUUUGCAAGCGAGAUAAUUAUUAAGCGUCAACACAAUAUCAUAAGGAUCGCUGGCAUUGUUAUGCGCAAAAUAACACCCAUUAAAAUGCACUUUUUACUUGGUUAUACUGAAGAACUUUUGAGCUAUUGGUUACAUUGUCCAGUAAAGAUGGAAAUAUCAACAGUAAAUGACAAAGAUGACGUUAUAUAUAAAAUUAUUUAACAUGUUCAUAGGUCUUAAUUAUUCUGAUAUAUAGAUCUAAGAACUGUGAAGAUGUUAAUCGUAGCAUAAUUGUUAUAAUUAAGCUAUAGUUGUUAAAAUUACAUUGCAUAAAUAAAAGUAAAUUUACAAUUACAUGUAUUCAUUACAUGUACUACUAUUAACUCAUGUAUUUUACUGCACAACCUUUUAAAUUAAGUAUGUCUACACAUAACAUUGCAAUUAAUAUACUUAUAUAUAAGGUUAAAACAUAUGGAAAUAAAGUAACAAAUAUUGUAAAAUAUAUAUAAUAUAUUGAAAUUUGUACAAAUACUAGGUUCGAUUCUACAUUACAAUUAUUCUAUUAUUUUA